CGGUGCCUUCGAGCAGCUCUGUGCCUUCUCCUGGCGCCUUUGCACGGUGCCUUCGAGCAGCUCUGCGCCUUUUCGGGGCGCCUUUGCAUGGUGCCGUCGAGCAGCCGAACGUCUUCUUCUACCACGGCGCCAGGCAAGACCUAAUGGCAUGUCCACGGAGUUUCGGGACGGCGGACGAUAGACCAUGCGAUGGCAUGGUUCGUCGCCGCCGGGACGACAGACCAUGCCAUGGCAUGGUCCCGCGGCUCCAGGACUCCAUACCAUGCCAUGGUAUGGCCUGGCGCCUCGACGACGCCAGACCAUAGCGUGGGAUGGUCCGGCGGCUCCGGGACUCCGGACCAUGCUGUGGUAUGGUACAGCGCCUCCACGAUGCCAGACCAUAGCAUGGCAUGGUCCGCCGGUUCCGGGACGCCGGACCAUGCCAUGCUAUGGUCCGGCGCCUCCGCGACGCCAGCCGAUGCCAUGCUUUGGUCCGGCGGCUCCAGGACCCUGGAUCAUGCCAUGGCAUGGUCCGGCGUCUCCGCGGCGCUGGGCCAUGCCAUGGCAAGGUCUGGCGGCUCCACGAAACUGGACCCUUCCAUGGCAUGGUCCGGAGUCCCGGAGCCGUCGGAACAUGGCAGGUAAUGGUCCGGCGUUCCGGUGGCGUCGGACCAUGCCUCGACAUGGUCCGGGGUCCCGGAGCCACCAGACCCUGCCAGGGAAUGGUCCGGCGCCACGUGCCAUUCCGUGUUGGGGUCAUCGCAUCGCGAUACGCGGGCUGAAGGGCCGUGCCAAUGCAAUGUAAGGUCAGGAUGCUGGGGCGUUCAAUUGCACGCAAUGCACGACAGUGCCCGGGAUAAAAGACCAUGCGAUAG